GCUUCUCUUCUUCGUUGGUGGUCCCAUCUUGAAUGUUUCGAACGAACGUCGAUGACGCCAACGACAACAACGAAAAAAGAGAAAUCAAAAGAGCAUCAAUUUGUAGAGAAUUUAGAGGAUAUUCCCAAUUUAAUUGAAGAUGAAAGUCCUAUGCAACCUCAAACUAUUGAGCAGUCACAGCCUGAAUAUCACGAGAAUGUGAAUGAACAAAUAAAGGAUAAUACAAAUUCUAGCGUUUUAUCAGGUACUACAUCAAAGUAUAUACGUAAAGUAAACGUUGGUAAAGUUGGCGGUAUGUCAAGUUAUAUCGAUUAUAAGUCAAAUAAGGAUGCUAAAAAGCUACUUAACGUUAUUUUGAACGAUUUAGAUAAAAAGUGGGAUGCUAAAGCUCUAAUGUUCAAGCAGGUCGCAAAGGCACAGAGGAGUCUUAGAAAGAAAUCUGAAGAAGACUACAAAGUUCUCUCUCAGAAGUAUCACAGAUUGAUUAGCGAUUACGAUUUGCUCAAGAAGACUUCAGAAGAUGUGAGUAAAUUUAUGCCCAAAGAUAUUCAAGUCUUGCGUUUACAUAUACAUGAAGCCGAAGAUAGAUUAGCUGCACAUCACGCUAGCAUCCAACCUCUCAACGAUGAACUCAACGAAACGAAAGGAAAGAAUGCAGAAUACCUCGAUACAAUAUAUCAUCUUGAUGGAAAACUAAACGAGAGUGAUGGUCAGUUAGCUAUCGCACGUAAUCACCUUGAAAGUGCUCAAAAUGAUUCAUCUUUGUUACGCAUUCAAAUGGAAACAUUACGUGAACAACAACGUGAGAAUGAAGCUAUAAUUGCUUCACUUAAAGCUAGUAAAGAGGUUCAAGGUUUGAUUGAAAACUUUAACCCAAUUACUGCAAUUUUAGUACUAACUGUCGCAUACCUUCUCGCAUGUGUAUUAGGAUUAGCAGCUGACCCCAUCAAGAUAGCAAUGAUUUCAACAGGAGUAUAAUCACAUUAAUGACGUUAUACGUUACAAUUUCAUGAAUUUUUCAGUUUAUUUUCUUUUCAAUUUUAAAUGCGAGCUUUUACUUUCUCGAAUUCCUCCUUAAUUUGGUCCAUAGAUAAUCCUUGAGCUGGCCAACCAAUAACAAGUCCGGAAUCAUCUGUUGCACCUUCCUUUGGAAUGAUGUGGAAGUGGACGUGAUCAACGACUUGGUGUGCAUUCUUACCGUUGUUCUGUAAAAUGUUGUAUUCCUCACAACCAAUUGCUUUUGCUACUUUCUUAGCAGCUAAAAGUAUCUCAGAUGCAUACUCAUCUGGAACGUCACCAAAUCUAGGUGCAU